CGCCAUGCCCCGCUACCCGGCAUGCCCCGCGCCCAACGGCUGGGCGGUGCCGCCAUGGCGGAGCGGGCGGUCAGCGGCUGCGGCCGGGCGGGCAGCACCGGGCCGGUUCCCGUCCCACCGCAGCUCUCCGGCGGCUCGCAGGAGGAGCGUUCCCCCGGCGGAGCCCGCCCUGCGGCCGGAGGGGGAGCGGCAGAUUCUGACCCUGGAGAGGAGCAAGUGGAUCCCAAGCAAUUCCUAAAGCAGCCUGACAAAACUGCUGGUAGCAAGAACUCUAGUCCCCAUGGGGUGACCAGAGCAGCUGUGAAGACAUCCCGCAGAAGUCCCAGUCUUGGGAAAAGUACCUUCAGAUUGAGUCCCUUAAGAAAGAGUACCAAGAGUGACAAUAUGCUGGGUUCUUUUAGCUUGUCCCCGAGACUGCUCAUCACCACUCCUCAAGCCAAGCGUCGCUCUUGGCGUCGUUCGAGCCUGAAAGGCACAAGACGCCGAACGUCUCUGCCUCCCCUUCACCAAGAUGUCACUGAAUUAAGCAAAUCAAUUAGCCUGGAUCUGCCAGAGAUAGACCGGCUUUCUGUGCUGCUGUUGUCCAGUUUCGAGUUUUCUGCACAGAAACUCGAACACGUCUUGAAGCAGACUGACGGCUUUAGCCAUGAGACUUACAGAGCUAAUGUGCACUCGGUUUCAGAGGACUUGAAGCGAUACAUGCAGAAGCUGAAACGAGACGGAACGCUAAAGAGCUGCAUAGAAAACCCUAAAGGGGUUUUACUGGAUGUGGCUCUGGAUGAGUCGGUGGCCCAAAUCAAGGAAUACAUCGCCAGGUUCACUGCCGAGUGUCAGUCCUGGGAUCGGCUCCUGCAGCGCUACCAGGAAGGUGCUGGAGAGAUCUCCAGGCAGCUGGAGGAAUGCCAGCGGCAGGGGGGGUGGGCAGAGCCCCCUCCCCACCUCCAGACCUCCCAGGCCCAGGUCCUCAGCAGCAAACCCGACUACCAGAAGAUCCUGGAUGACCAGGAGGAAGUUUUUUGCUGCAUGGAGCUUGUGCUCGACGAGCUCCAGCAAGCAGUGACGGUGCUGCAGACCUUCAGCGAGGACAGCCGGCUGUACCUCCAACGCCUGUCGGAGCAGCUCGCCGCCAGGACCUUCCGGCAGGUGGACAAGUCCCCCGUGCGCAAGCUGAUCGCCGCCCCGCCGAGGAAGACGCUGCCGCCGGAGGGCUGAGCGGGGCGGGGGGCUGCGGGGCCGCGCUGCUGUCAAUAAAGCCCGGUGCGAGCCGGGUGUGAGCCCGG